GAGGCCGGGAUGUUAGAGUGUGGGAGGUGCGGCCGUGUUGCUACAGCAGGAACUGGGCGGCGGCGGGUGCUGCCUGCGGAGCCUGAGGCGGCGCGUCAUGGACGGACUGGAAGAAAAUGGAAGUGUUGUGCAAGUUGGAGACUUGUUGCCCUGCAAGAUUUGCGGAAGGACCUUCUUCCCGUUGGCUCUGAAAAAACAUGGACCUAUUUGCCAGAAAACUGCCACUAAGAAGCGGAAGACUUUUGAUUCCAGCCGGCAGAGAGCUGAAGGGACUGAUAUUCCCACGGUCAAACCUCUCAAACCCAGGCCAGAACCACCAAAGAAGCCAUCCAAUUGGAGACGAAAGCACGAGGAGUUCAUUGCCACCAUCAGAGCAGCGAAAGGCCUGGACCAGGCUCUCAAGGAGGGCGGCAAGCUGCCUCCUCCUCCUCCGCCCUCUUACGACCCAGAUUACAUCCAGUGUCCGUAUUGCCAGAGGAGAUUCAAUGAAAAUGCAGCCGACAGACAUAUAAACUUUUGUAAAGAACAGGCAGCACGUAUUAGUAAUAAGGGCAAAUUUUCUACUGAUUCUAAAGGAAAGCCAGCUUCUCGGCCACAGUAUAAGCCGUCUCCGCUUAAAAAAUCAAAUCCUCCUGGAAUUCCAUCAUCAGGAUCCUCCCGACUGCCACAGCCAAGUACUACUAGCAAAACAAUUGUAGGUGUGCCCACGGGUAAAGCAUCUUCAGUUAACAGUCCUUUGGGAAACAAACCUCAGACCUUAUCUCCUUCUCAUAGAGCGAUAGCAGCCCCCCAGGCAGGUAAGAUGGACAAGUUAGGCCCUCCACUUCGAACUGGAAGAUAUGUGCAAAGGUUGUAUGGCAGUGAUACAAAGUCAAACAGUGCCUUCAAAAGACAUGAGCUAGUACCCGUUCGCAAAGCUAACACCAAGGCUAGAAAUACCACACCUCCUAGUUUGGCAAGAAAUUCUGUGGCAGGGGUGCUUACCAACAAAAGAAAGACUUUGACUGAGAACUAUGCAGCCAGGCCAGAUGGAGACUAUACAUCUUCAGUUAAUGGUGGAAACAGUAAAGGCAUCGAGGGAAAUUCAUCUGGACACUUACCAAAAUUCUGCCAUGAGUGUGGGACAAAGUACCCUGUUGAGUGGGCAAAGUUCUGCUGUGAAUGUGGCAUUCGAAGAAUGAUUCUGUGAACAGAAUUGCAAACGCUAAGGGUCCAGGAUCAGGAUUUAAUGAAUAUUACUUCUUUGACACCAACAGUACUUCUUAUAGUUAUGGUGUACUAAAGCUAUUUACAGUACUCUUUCCCUUAGUGUUGAAACAUAAUCCUUUGGCUGUAUAAUGUGUUUAUGUAUAUGUGUGUAUAUAUAUAUUCUGUAUAUAAUAAAUCUCAUUCCUUCAGCCUGUGUCAUUCAAGGAACUACUUAAGUACAUGUCAAAAAAUAAGUUGAUAUGAGAUCAUUGUCUUAGGUAUUGCUCUUUGGCUGUUUAAAUAUAUUAAUAUACUUGCACAAGCACUGUCACUGUAGUGAUGAACCUUGUAGGCUUUAGAAUAAUCACAUUGCUAAAGAGGUGCUGUCAUUGGUGCCUAUGACCAAUAGUAUCAUAGGAGAAUGAGAUACUGGAGAAUCUGUUACUGAAGACAAUGUUAUUUAUUCAUUGUUAGUGGGUGUGAGGUCAUUUUCCCAGCUGAACUCUUCAGCAACUAGUGUUAAAUUCCUAAAAAAAAAAAAAGAUGAAAAGGAAGACCUGAGGUCCACUUUGCCUGUAACUCCAUGGAUUAUCAAUUGCACAUCAUUAAUUACACAUUAGCAAUUACAACCUAAUUAAAAAUUUAAGCAUAUAAUCUUCCUUCUGUGAACAUAUAACUAUGCAAUCCCCUUUUCAGAAAUGUAUCUUACUCUACUGAUAACUGAUUGAUUGAUUCACCUCUAUCCUAGAUAGCUACACUUUCUUUUCACUUCCGAGAGUGCUCUGAGAUUUUUCUAUUUCUUUCUCAUGCAUAGCUCCUCUGAAGAGUGGCUUUCCUUUAUUAGUCUUUGCAGUAUUAAACAUAUAAUUAUUUAAGGUACACAGAUUUUUUUGUAGUAUCUUAUGUGUUUGAAAUUUUAUUUCUGCGUAUGUGUGUUUAUAAGAAAUUAAUGCAUUUUAAAACAGAUCACCCCACCCAAUAAAUAAUAAUUGUGGUUUUCAUUAAUUCUGAGCAUGUAGAGGAAGCUGUUUUUAGUUCCUCGUAGUUUAUAUCAUUACAAGUACAUUGAAAGAAUGUCUACUUUUUCCUAUUCAUAAUUUAUUUAGUGCUUAAUGUUGAGGCACUAUACAUAUUACAGUGAAGGUGUAUUGAAAUGUUUUACAUAGCUGGCUAAUAUAAGUCCAGCUAAGGUGCAUAUUUUCCUUUUCACUGACUGACAUGAGACUUGAUCACUCACACCUUCAGUGUAUCAGCACUUACUGGUCAGCUGCUUUGGCAGAGUAUGUCCCACAGCCCUGAGUAAUCACUGUUCAGUCGACCCUGAACUUUAACUUACACAGGUACCAAUAGAGUGUGUUGCCGUGUUUCUUUCUCAUUUGUUGUUUAUGAUUAAGGAUGAAUAUAGAAACUCAUUGCCUAGACUUUCCUUUCUGAACUGUAUUUACCUCUUGCCUUCUGUUGCAUUUUCCUUUGGGAGGGGUUUAAACCUGUGGUAAUGAGUCCUUUUGCUCACCUUAUGCUUCCUUUCUUGUUGCAUGUUUUCCCCUUAUGUAUUCUAUUUGGUCAUAUUGAUAAAUGCAUUGAAAACUGGUCAGCUUCUAUAAGCAGUAGCAGGCCGAGAAGACUAAUCUAAGAAGACACUUUAGAUUUUCAAGUUAGUAACUCUUUUUUUUUCUUUAAUUGGUUACAGACAUCUGAACUUUUAAUUCACCAAUAUGUUUUUUAUCUAGGAAUGAGCAGUUUCCUUCUGUUGUAUUUCUAAUUCCAUGGAGUCCUUUAUUCUACUUAAGGAGUAGCUGGAUACAUUGGUUUUAAGUAAAUAGGCACAUGUUUGUUGUCAUUGGCUUCAACAGUAGCAAGUAAGUGUUACAGCAUGCUGCCAAGAGACAAGCCAAUCAUCCAUGAAAGAUGUUACAAUAAUGUUUACCAUGCCUCUGUGGUCCAUACUUUACUCUCAUGCUGCUGUGCUGGGCAAUAGUUUUUAAGCAGACUUCUUGUGCACCAUUCAUUUUUAUUUAUUUGCACAAUUAGUUUCGAGUGUUGUAGAAUGAAAAAUGAUUGUAUGGUUAAGUUAAAAUGGAAGAUAGUUAUAGAUCACUCUGAAAGUUACUCAUGGGAAAAUAUGACCAUUGUGACUGCGGUUGUCUCUCACUCAACUGGUUUUUUAAAAUUAUAGAUGACAUAUCCAUUGACCCAAUAAAGUCACAAAACAUAAA